CUCCUGUGCGCACGGAACUGCAGAGCCGAGCUUUGGAACCAGUGCUGCUGCUGCUGCUGUCUGACAGAAAGAGCCCGCCGGGAUUAGAAAUGUCUUCUACUGCAACUCUGACAUCCUAAAAACCAUGCAGAUCUGGACGAAGACGGAGGGUGGAUUGAUAAGGCUGGUGGCGGACGAGGCUGAAGAUCAGGGGAUGAGGUUAUAAAAACAACAGAAGAGAGAAAAGGAAGAAAAGAAAAAGGAAGUUUGGAAAGUCUUCUGUAUCAUCAAACCCUGCAGUCCUGCACGGCUACGACUGACCCUGAAGAGGAUUACACACUGAAAAAUCCACCCACCCACUCUCACCUCCCUUCCCCUUACCAUCAUGCCCUCCCACCUCCCACCUUUUCUCAUCCUCCCCAUCCUCUUCCUUCUCCUCACCCCGUCCAUGCCCUCUAAAUCCACUCCUCCCCCCACCUCCCUCCUUUCAUUUUCCCCACCAGAAGGUGGCCUCACACAUUUAGUCGUCCACAACAAAACCGGCGAGGUCUACCUGGGCGCCGUCAACUGGAUUUACAAGCUGUCCAGUAACUUGACCAAGCUACGAAGCCAUGUCACCGGGCCAGUGACGGACAACCCUCGCUGCUACCCUCCCCCUGGUGUCCAGUCCUGCCCCCACGAGCUAGUGCAGACCUCUAAUGUUAAUAAACUCCUGCUACUUGAUGCCGCCCACAACCGCUUAAUUGCCUGUGGGAGUACUUCCCAGGGAAUAUGCCAGUUCCUGCGCCUGGAUGAUUUGUUCAAGCUGGGCGAGCCCCAUCACCGCAAAGAGCAUUAUCUAUCCAGUGUGGCCGAGGCAGGCACCAUGUCUGGAGUGGUGAUUUCCCCGGAUAUUUUCGGCGGAGGCGGGAAACUUUUUGUUGGCACUCCUAUUGAUGGAAAAUCUGAGUACUUCCCAACGCUGUCAAGUCGGAAGUUGAUGUCCAACGAGGAGAAUGCUGACAUGUUCAGCUUUGUCUACCAGGAUGAGUUCGUCUCCUCGCAGCUGAAGAUUCCCUCAGACACGCUCUCCAAGUUCCCAGCGUUUGACAUCUACUAUAUUUAUGGAUUUAACAGCGAGCAGUUUGUGUAUUAUCUAACUUUGCAGCUUGACACUCAGCUCACCUCGCCAGAUGCGAGUAGCGAACAGUUCUUCACCUCUAAAAUAGUCCGCCUAUGCGUCGAUGAUCCAAAGUUCUACUCCUACGUUGAGUUCCCAAUCGGCUGCACCAAGGAUGGAGUGGAGUACCGCUUGGUUCAGGAUGCUUAUUUGGCCCGGCCUGGGACCCGUCUGGCUCGAUCGCUUGGUAUACAGGAGCACGAGGAGGUUCUGUUUACUGUAUUCGCUCAGGGUCAGAAGAACAGAGCUAAGCCGCCCAAGGAGUCGGCUUUGUGUCUGUUCACAAUGAGGAGGAUAAAAGAGAAGAUUAAAGAGAGGAUUCAGUCGUGCUACAGAGGAGAGGGGAAACUCUCCCUACCAUGGCUGCUCAACAAGGAGCUGGCCUGCAUCAACUCGCCGCUGCAGAUUGACGAUAACUUCUGUGGCCAGGACUUCAAUCAGCCCCUAGGGGGCACCACCGCCAUCGAGGGAAUCCCGCUUUAUGUUGACAAGGAUGACGGCAUGACCUCUGUGGCGGCUUACGACUACAGGGGAAACACUGUGGUGUUCACUGGAACCCGCAACGGACGCAUGAAGAAGAUUCUUGUGAACUCCGUCGUCCAGCCUGCCUUGCUGUAUGAGAAUGUCAUGGUGAGCAACGGGAGCCCCAUCCUGAGAGACAUGCUCUUCAGCCCUGACCAUCAGUACUUGUACGCUCUCACUGAUAAACAGGUCACCCGUGUACCAGUGGAGAGCUGUGAGCAGUACACGUCCUGUGGAGCGUGCCUGGGGUCAGGUGACCCUCACUGUGGCUGGUGUGUGCUGCAUAAUGUAUGUUCGAGGAAAGACCGCUGUGAACGAGCAGAGGAGCCUCAGCGUUUCACCACCAGAGUGGAGCAGUGCGUCCGAUUGAGCGUUCAGCCCACCACCGUCUCUGUCACCAUGUCAGAAGUGCAGUUGGUGCUUCAGACCCAGAAUGUACCCAGUCUGUCAGCAGGGGUGAACUGCUCCUUUGAGGACUACGUAGAGACAGAGGGACGGAUCUACGGAGGACGGAUAUUCUGCCUGUCCCCGUCUACGAAGGAUGUUGCUCCGAUAACAAAAGACAGUGGUGACCAACGUGUGAUAAAGUUGUAUUUGAAGUCAAAGGAGACGGGGAAGAAGUUUGCCAGCGUGGACUUGGUCUUCUACAACUGCAGCGUCCAUCAAUCGUGUCUGUCCUGCGUGAAUGGAAACUUCCCCUGUCACUGGUGCAAAUAUCGUCACAUGUGCACACAGGAUGCCAACGACUGCUCCUUCCAAGAGGGGCGAGUCAACACCUCAGAGGAGUGUCCUCAGAUCCUUCCCUCCACCCAGAUCUACAUCCCUGCUGGAGUCAUGAGACCGAUCACCCUGCUGGCCCAGAAUCUGCCCCAGCCUCAGUCCGGUCAGAGGAACUAUGAGUGCAUCUUCCACAUCCAGGGAAACACAUACAGCGUGCCGGCUCUGAGGUUCAACAGCACCAGCAUCCAGUGUCAGAAGACCACGUACGACUACGAGGGAAGUGACAUCAGCGACCUGCCAGUCGACCUCUCCGUGGUGUGGAAUGGCAACUUUGUCAUCGACAACCCGUUUGAUAUUCAAGCCCACCUGUACAAGUGCAGAGCGCUGCGGGACAGCUGUGGUAUGUGCCUGAAGGCCGACCCCAGGUUCGAGUGUGGAUGGUGCGUCCAGGACAGGAAGUGCUCCCUUAGGCAGGAGUGCACCGGCGGAGGGAACUCCAACCUCCCGCUGCAGAUGACUGAGGGUGCAGGGUGGAUGCACGCCACAUCUGGAAACAGCCGCUGCACUCACCCAAAGAUCACCAAGUUGUUCCCUGAGACGGGGCCUCGCCAAGGUGGGACCAGGGUGACCAUCCUGGGGGAAAACCUGGGUCUGCAGUUCAGGGACAUCCAGACGGGCGUCAGGCUGGGCAAGGUGCCCUGUGUGCCUGUUGAGGAGGAGUAUGUGAGUGCAGAGAGGAUAGUUUGUCUGCUGAAAGACGCCACCAGCUAUAGGGUCCAAGAAGCUCAGGUGGAGGUGUGCGUGCGAGACUGCGUCAACGACUACAGAGCGCUGUCGCCAAGGCCAUUUACCUUUGUGACUCCAUAUUUCACCCGUAUCGUGCCAUCUCAGGGACCCAUUUCUGGUGGCACCCGGGUCACCAUUGAGGGAAGCUACCUGAACGCGGGCAGCUACGUGUCUGUGAACAUCGGACCCCAGCCCUGCCACUUCAAAAAGAGGAAUGCCCGUGAAAUAGUUUGUGUUACCCCAGCUGGAUUUGCUCCUGGAAGUUCAUCAGUCCUGGUGGACAUCGAUGACGCAGAGCUCAGAAAUCCAGAAGUGAAGUUUAACUACACUGAAGACCCCACUGUGCUGAAGAUCGAGCCUGACUGGAGCAUUGCAAGUGGCGGGACUCUGCUGACCGUGAGCGGGACCAACCUCGCAACCAUCCGAGAGCCCAAGAUCAGAGCCAAGUACGGACAGGCUGAAUCCUUUCAUAACUGUACUGUGUACAAUAACUCCGUCAUGGUUUGCCUGGCUCCAUCAGUGGCGGAUUCAGAGCUUGGUUUUGCAGAGACUGGCACCGGCCCGGAUGAGAUCGGGUUCUACAUGGACAACGUGAACGCUCUGGUGGUGGUCAAUGAGACGUUCAGCUAUUACCCCGACCCCGUGUUUGAGCCACUGAGUCCAUCAGGAAUACUGGAGCUCAAACCAACAUCACCGCUCAUUCUCAAGGGUCGUAACUUGAUCCCAGCCGCUCCGGGGAACAGUCGCCUCAACUACACGGUGCUGAUUGGAGAAACUCCCUGCGUCCUCACCCUGUCUGAGAGCCAGCUGCUGUGUGAAUGGCCUAACCUCACCGGACAACACAAAGUCACGAUCCGAGCUGGUGGGUUCGAGUACUCCCCCGGCACUCUUCACAUCUACUCAGACAGCCUGCUGACGCUCCCCGCCAUUAUUGGCAUUGGAGGGGGCGGAGGACUACUUCUGUUGGUCAUCAUCGCCGUGCUGAUCGCUUAUAAAAGAAAGUCCAGGGACGCUGAUCGGACUCUGAAACGUCUGCAGCUCCAGAUGGACAACCUGGAGUCCAGAGUGGCUCUUGAAUGUAAAGAAGCCUUUGCCGAGCUACAGACAGACAUCCACGAGCUGACCCAGGAGCUGGAUGGAGCUGGGAUUCCCUUCCUGGACUACCGGACCUAUGCAAUGAGGGUCCUGUUCCCGGGCAUCGAGGACCACCCUGUGCUCAAGGAGAUGGAGGUACGGGUCCAGGCAAACGUUGAGAAAGCUCUGACACUGUUCGGCCAGCUGCUGACCAAGAAACACUUCCUGUUGACGUUCAUUCGAACCCUGGAGGCUCAAAGGUCAUUCUCCAUGCGGGACCGAGGCAACGUGGCAUCUCUGAUCAUGACAGCGCUGCAGGGGGAGAUGGAGUACGCCACCGGGGUCCUGAAACAGCUGCUGUCCGACCUGAUCGACAGAAACCUGGAGAGCAAGAACCAUCCCAAACUGCUGCUCAGGAGAACGGAGUCGGUCGCUGAGAAGAUGCUGACUAACUGGUUUACAUUCCUUUUGUACAAGUUCCUCAAGGAGUGUGCCGGCGAGCCUCUGUUCAUGCUUUACUGUGCCAUCAAGCAGCAGAUGGAGAAGGGGCCCAUCGACGCCAUCACAGGAGAAGCCCGCUACUCCCUCAGCGAGGACAAGCUCAUCAGACAACAGAUUGACUACAAAACCCUGACGCUGCACUGUGUAAACCCGGAGAAUGAGAAUGCCCCAGAGGUGACGGUCAAGUGUCUGAACUGUGACACCAUCACUCAGGUCAAAGAGAAGCUGCUCGACGCUGUGUACAAGGGCAGCCCUUAUUCACAAAGACCCAAAGCCUCAGACAUGGACCUGGAAUGGCGACAAGGUCGGAUGGCGAGAAUCAUCCUGCAGGAUGAAGACGUCACCACAAAGAUCGACAACGACUGGAAGAGACUGAACACACUGGCUCACUAUCAGGUAACAGAUGGCUCAGUGAUCGCCCUGGUGCCAAAGCAGAACUCUGCCUACAACAUCUCCAACUCCUCCACCUUCACCAAGAGCCUCAGCAGAUAUGAGAGCAUGCUGAGGACAGCCAGCAGUCCAGACAGCCUGCGAUCUCGAACACCAAUGAUCACGCCUGACCUGGAGAGCGGAACCAAGCUGUGGCAUCUGGUGAAGAACCACGACCACUCAGACGUGAGGGAGGGCGACCGAGGCAGCAAGAUGGUCUCUGAGAUCUACCUGACCAGGCUGCUGGCCACAAAAGGUACGUUACAAAAGUUUGUGGACGACCUGUUUGAGACGAUCUUCAGCACAGCUCACAGAGGCAGCGCUCUGCCACUAGCCAUCAAGUACAUGUUCGACUUCCUGGAUGAGCAGGCUGACAAGCACUCCAUCAACGAUUACGACGUACGACAUACCUGGAAGAGCAACUGUCUUCCUCUGCGGUUCUGGGUGAACGUCAUCAAGAACCCCCAGUUUGUGUUCGACAUCCAUAAGAACAGCAUCACAGACGCCUGUCUGUCAGUGGUGGCUCAGACCUUCAUGGACUCAUGUUCAACGUCAGAGCACAAACUGGGAAAAGACUCGCCUUCCAAUAAGCUCCUCUACGCUAAAGACAUCCCCAACUACAAGAACUGGGUAGAGAGGUAUUACUCGGAUAUCUCCCGUAUGCCCGCCAUCAGCGAUCAGGACAUGAGUGCCUACCUAGCAGAGCAGUCCCGUCUGCACCUCAGCCAGUUCAACAGCAUGUCUGCGCUGCACGAGAUCUACUCCUACAUCACCAAAUACAAAGAUGAGAUUCUCUCGGCGUUACAAAAGGAUGAACAGUCACGCAGACAGCGGCUACGUGGCAAGCUGGAGCAGGUCAUCGACACCAUGGCACUGACUAGCUGAGGACCGGCUAACCGUUAGCCUUGGCUAGGGGAGAACUGGCCAAACCAACACGCCUUUUUUCCUGACAACCUUUGACUUUUUGACCCUCGACGUUUGAAGUCUGUCGUCAACCUCGAAAACGACAACGAAGCAGCAGUGGAAAAGAGACUGCGAGAUCACGAGCAGCCAGCAGCAGCAGCACACUGAGAGAUGGCAGAGUUUGGCCUCGCCGGCAGGGUUGGCUUUUUUUUUUCUUCUCUCUGAGCCUCCAACCCAGGGCCGAACAACCAAAUCAAGACGAUAUGGACCUCAGCUCAGGGGAGCGAUUAUUCUCAUCAAGGCCCUUCAUCACAUCUAGAGUCUAGCGGGAGCAGCAGUUUAGCAUUUUGGCCACAAUCAGGACCUGUUCGGGCACAGUGGUGACCUAAAACUCAUCUUGCUGGAGCUGAAGUUUUCCUCAGCCAGGGAUCAAACUGUGAACCGACUCAAAUCCAAGAUACAUCAUUGUGAUUUUCAAUCCCAGUUAGAAAUCUUUCCUUCUGUUGCCGUCAAAGGUCAGGGACAGCUACAAAGAAGCAGCAGCAGUUUUUGAGCUGAUAGUGAUUCAGUGCAUCGCUUUCAGACUCUUCAGCAGGUUCGAUGCUGCCACAGCAGGGCGACCAGGAGGAAAAAAACUCUGCAGGGAAACUUCCUCUUGAACAGAUCCUCUAUUACAAACAAAUCCUCUGCAGUCUAACAAAGGACAUUUUCAGUUUCACAGCUCUAGGUUUGAUUUGUAAUCACAUUAGACUCCAUUUCCCCCUCUCGAACUGCCUCCUCUCCCCAGUGCUGUGCCACUUGUGUUACUGCUGAAUUUGCACAACAAAGCUAAAUCAAAAGAGAGAAGAGGAUAUAUGAGUAUAUAUAUAGAUAUAUAAAUACAAACUUUUGUUUAAAAACAAAUGAAAACAAAUGUUUUUCCAGUUUAAUGUACAAAGAUAAGAUUUGAGAAGAGGAUUUGAUAUUUCUGAGAUGAAAAACUAUGAAAACACAAGGAAAAAGUCGUCCUGUGCCAUGUUUUACUUUGAAUGUUGUUUUAGUGCAAAGAGACUUCUUUUUGUUACAUGAAAUGUGCUAUGAUGAAAAUGUUGUCAUACUUAGUGACUGAAAGUGAGAGUUUAAAAAUAGGUAAAUGGCUAAAAUAUCAAUAUAUAUUACAGACAAUUUCUAUUCCAUGAGAUCUACGGAGCUUUGUUUGCUUCCUUUUAGGCUGAAAUGGUCGUAAAAGAGAAACGGUGUCUGGAUGUCACCUCAGAGCCAAGAGACGUUUGGUGCUUUUGUGUUUGCUUUAGAGAAACCGGAUUCAUCUGAGGGGUUAGACCACAAAGCGAGCUCAACAUAGCCAGGCUUUCUUCAACAAAGCCAUGAGAUCUAGAAAAAGAUAUCUGUAGUUAUGACGCUGUUUUUCUCUGACAACUCAGACAUUCUUCUUCAGAUUCAGAGGGGGUGUUGAUGACGCCCUUUCUCUGUGCUAAAAUGCUCGAUUACCUUCAGGACCAUUAUCAAACUGCUUGUAUAACACGGGAGACUUCAGACAUUAUCAUCCAUUGGUAUCAUCUGGACCUGUGGUGUCAAACUCGAUCACAGAGAGGGCCGGAUUCUGAAUUAAGGUCUGAUUUGAGCAGACCUGAAGAGGGUCCACAUUUAACUGUUAACCUUCUUUUUCACCCGUAAUGAACUAUGGGGGAAAAAGUUAGCAAUGAGGAUAAAUGAUUUUGAGAUUUAAAAAGUCAAAAUGAUAAGUUAAAAGUCUCAAAUCUGAGAUAAAAAGUCAAACUUAUUUGUUCAAAUAUCUACUUCUAAAAUAGGUCUAUAGAUCCUGGAGUAGACUCUGAUCUUUUUCUCUGUUUUAGUUAUGAAGUAUUGCUUUGUAUGUAAAGUUUGCAAUGUGCUUAUUUCAUGAAUUUAACUUCCAGAUGUUCUUAUAGCACUUCUGUUGAGAAGAGACGUCGUCUCAUAGUAAGAGUUUAUAUCAGACAUGUUUGAUAUAAACUUGAAGGAGGGUCCAACUUCAUUUGGAGCAGUACACAUAAACAUAUUUGUGACACAUGCUUGGGGCCUGUAUUAACAAAUGGCCAGCUGAGACAAACCUAGAUCCAGGCCCCCUCCUACCUGAUAGUUUGCAGGAGAAAUCGGGAAAGUUUUUAGUGGUUCCUCGGACAUGUCCUGAAAUGAUCCCAUAUUGAAACAGAAAUAUAACAUUUUCGUCUCUGUGUGGACAAGGCCUCAGACUUUCUGCUUCAGUUUCUGGGCAUGCUCACACAUUGAAGGGGUGUUGAGGAAUUAUCACCAGCUGUCUGAUAUCAUAAGAUCAAAAUAAGAAGAGAUGAGUGAUACAUGCUAAUCACUGGAGUAAUAAUUGGAACACAGCCACCCUGAAGGAAAGAAAACUGCAGGAAAUCACUGUUUACUUAUUUUUACUUUACCACUGUACAAACUGCCAGUGCCUCUAUUUUAUUUGGUAUGUGGAAACUGUAGAGUACAACUCUUACAAUCUGAACUGUGAUUAGGUCGGAGAGCUUUUCUUUUCCAUGAUGAAAAUGCUGCCAAACAACUGCCAGAUCAGACUCACAUUUAUUUAUUGAUUGAUUGAACAUGCUUUGAUACCAACAGAUGAACUAAGUCCAUUGUCUCUGUUUUCAUUUUAGAAUAGGCCAGCUUAUUAUUAUUAUUAUUCAGAUUAUCAGUGCAGUCAUUGCUCUCUGACUCUGGAGGUGAUUUGGUGAUCUGCCAAGGUUAAAAGAGAGCCAGCUUCAUGACACAGAAAGCCCAAUUUAAGGCUCAACAGAUCAGGUUAACCGUCUUAACUCGCUUCGUGGCUCAACCCCUAGUCAGCAGACUCAGAUCUGCCAGCCUCAUGCUCUGUUGGGAGAUGACUAUAGAGGCAGUCAUUGAAAUGAUCAUGCUCUUUAUCUUCUUCAUUUUGUUUUCAAGACUUUCCCUCAUGUCUAAAAAACUGAAGCCAUCCCAAACGAUGAGCGGUUUGCUGUGUAGAAGAUGUUCCAACAAUAUUGUUGCUCAAUUCUGUGGUAAAGGAGGUGGAGUUAAAGGUUUACUUCUUGAAAUGUGAAUGUGGUUUCUGAAAAGAUAAAAGAUAAAGAAAUGUAGCUUGAUUAAUGUAAGUGUUUUGUACCAGUUGAAGGCCUUUCUCUAUUUUGUUUUAUGGUUUUAUAAGGUUGAAAAAAAAAAAGAUUUCCUACCAGGUUAUGAUGCUCCACAUCAGCCUGUAGUGCUUCAUAAAUAAGACAUUCCUUUCUCCUGUGUGUGAAAAGGGUACAGGGUUAAUAACAAAGCCAGAACCAAUAGAAAAACAAGAUUAAAUAAUGUGAAAUAAAUCAGGAUAGCAUCUAUUGUAUGUCGUAAACAUUUCAGCGAGAGAUUGAAGAUACAGACUGAACACGAAACAACCAGAUCAGAUGGAUGAUGGUGAGGAAAACCCUUUUAUUUUACAAGAAAUAAGGAGAAUGGUUAUGAUGCAUCAAAUGCACAUUACAAGACUCUACCAGAACAGUUACAGCUGCCUUCAGGUCAGCUUCCUUUCCAUGCUCUUUAACAUUCCCUACAUCCUAGCCGGGGUGUAGAGGCCUUAAAGCAGCCAACACCAGUCCUCUGUUUUAGCUCGCUCAUGCUUCUAACUUUGCAGUUUCAUCAGAAACCAUUCAGGGAAGGGCUGUUGUAAAAGGCCUGAUGGGUUUCACUCAAAGUAAGAGUUACUAUGACCUUUGAGUUAUGCUUUUGGUUUGUCAGGGACACUUAACCAAGACAUUUCACCAAGAUGAUACCGUUACAUUUAUUAGAUUAGUCCUAUUUUCUUGGGUUUACAGUCCAGUGACUUUAAGAGAAACUCCAAAAAGAGUAGUCAAUGACCCAUACUCAAUAAGAUCUGCCUACAUCCCAUUUAUGCCAUCAUCCACAGCCUCAGAUGGGCCGGGGUUGGAUUAGAAACCAUUUUAAGGUUAGAAAUACAUUGCAAGAUUACAUUUUUUAUUGUCUUUCCAGUUAAAGUUGUGCUGCACCAAUAUGCUGUACACCAGGGGUGUCAAAGUCAAUCACAGAAGGGGCUGGAUUCUGAAUUAAGGUCUGACCUGAGGGCCAAACAGGGUCCACAUUUAACUGUCAGCCCUCUUUUUCGCCAGUAAUAAACUAUAACUAUAAUAAACUAUUUUUAAGGCAAAAGUAUGGCUUAAAAUGGAAAAUGUUGCAUCUAAAAGGUCAAAAUAUGAUAUCAAGGUCAAAAU